AUGUUUUGGGAUGAAAAGUAUUGGCUUCCACGAGGUUUCACCUGGAAUGACCUUAAAUCUAAUGAUACUGUUCAUUAUCCGGAUAUUUGGCAAUUAACUUAUGCUAUGAAAUAUAGUGUAUUACUGUUAUUGCUUAGAUUUGCUGUUGAAUGCUUCGUAUUUUUACCAAUUGGUUGUUUAUUUGGUAUGAUUAAAGAACCAUUUGGGUUACGUAUCAAAGCACAUCUAAAUUUUUGUCAAGCUAAUAAAGGAAAAUUCAAACGGGUAUCAGAAUCUGCGUGGCGAUUUCUGUUUUACUUAUGUAUUUGGUUAUACGGUCUCUAUGUUUUAUCUGAUCAGCCUCAGCUUUAUGAUGUCGCGGAAUGUUGGCGUUAUUGGCCUCGUCAUCCGUUGACGAAUAACGUUUGGUGGUACUACGUAAUUGAAACAUCAUUUUACUGUUCACUUAUUAUAAGUUCAGUAUUAUUUGACAUUCGAAGAGCUGAUUUUAUUCAGAUGACAUUUCAUCAUAUAAUCACCAUUCUACUUCUUACAUUAAGUUUUGUAAUGAAUAUGGUUCGAAUUGGUACACUGAUUCUUUUUAGCCAUGAUAUCGCUGAUGUUUUUCUUGAAUUGGGUAAACUUUGUCGAUAUGCUGGUUGGAAAACGGUUUUAACAUGUGUUUUUGCAACAUUCAUGACGGUAUGGAUUGUCACACGGCUCAUUUACUUUCCGUUUUUCAUUAUUCGAUCGGUAUUAUUCGACGCUCCUGCUUUAAUACAGGCAGAUUAUCGAUGGGAAAAUAUACGACAACCUCCAAUAGUCCCACGAUUAUUUGCUCUGAUGUUGCUCUCUUUACUGAUUUUACACAUUUAUUGGACAAUUAUAAUCAUGAAAAUAGCACUUAAAUCAGUAAAAGGUAAUAUUGAUGAUAUCAGGGAGGAAUCAGAUAAUGAAAUAUCCUCUGCAGCAUCAUCUGAAAAUAUCGAUGCAAUCGUAAAGAAUAAUACAAAAAGGACGAAGAAAAUAGAGUAA